CGCAUCUUCAAGGCAGCAUUUCAACAAUCUAAAUUCGUAAUGUAAUUCUGUUCACACGGUUGGAAUUUAGAGUGACUUUCCAUUACAGAAAACUUCAUCCGAAGAUAGUUUUUCCCUCGAUGAAUUGGUUGCAAACUUGGUUAUAGUCUUAAAACACCGUUACGGUGUUUGUAUAAUGGUUGAAUUUCCUCGCUGUUGAAAUUGUGCUGUCACGCGCGUAAGUUAGUUUAUCAAAAUGUUUGUCAGCUCACAAAAACUUGUCAACUUUUGUGAAUAACGAAGUCGAGGAGCUAUGAUUUCAAGAUAGUCAUCAUUUCAGGRGAGUUAAUUGGAACUGAAUCCGAUGGGAGUCUACAAAAUGCCAUACUCCUUCGACGCCUCGAAACACGGAGCAAGCMGAACGCGMAGAAACAGCAGGGUGAUGCGACGAUGGUCCGUCGAUUGUCCACCAAUUAUAAACCCCCGGAAGCGACGUAUCACGYUGAAUAUYUCUGGAGAGAGAUUUGAAACGUACGAAGAAACACUUGAAAGAUUYCCGAACACAUUAUUAGGYUCAGCGCAGAAGAGAGCCCACUUCUACAACCCUGAUAGAUGCGAGUAUUAUUUACCCCGWGACAARGCUUCUUUUGAUUGCAUUCUUUUCUAYUACCAAAGUUACGGAAUGCUUACUCAACCRGACGAACAUUUCGUCCCAGAGGAUGUGUUCAGAAAAGAAGUGGCUUUCUACGAGCUAGGAAAAGCUGCCACACGUCAACUYCCAAUGGAUUUUGACGUCUAUGAUUUUGAAUUACGACGUGAAAGUCAGAGUCUUCACGAAGGCCCUUUGCUGCGAAUGUGGAACCUACUGGAGAAUCCCACAGGAAGUUUACACGGCAAAAUCCUCGGAGUUUGGUUACUUUUUAUUAUAGUAGUGUUUCUCUUGGUAAAAGUCUUGGAAACUUUACCAGAAUUCCGACAGAUGUAUCGAGUACAAUGCUGCGAAAUCAGAAACAGGACGUCGCAGUUUCCUCACAUUGAUAGCAUUAAGCAAAUCUGGUUUUUCCUGGGUCUUUCGUGCAGCUCAUUUCUCUGUUUGGAGUAUUUGGCACGUCUUAUUACGGCCCCAGAGAAACUUAAAUACUGCUUCUUUCCWAUGGGAGUCAUUGACUUUCUCUCUUUCGCUCCACAUUUCAUCCUAAUUGCUAUUGACAGCAGYGUGYUGCUAUCUCCAGACCAUUUUCCAAUCAGGAACAUUCUAAAAUUCCUCCCUUUUCUAUGCGUGUUCAAAGUUUAUCGCUAUUCAUUUGGUCUUCAAAUUUUCUUCAAGAGCAUUCUUUCAAGUUUAAGUGAAUUGGGAUUAUUAUUGUAUUGUUUGUUAAUCAGCGUGAUYUUAUUUGGCGGUUUAGUGUUUUACUGUGAGGAUGGUAUGAACGGAUUUACUAGCAUACCAGCGACUUUCUGGUACUCCAUCRUCACCAUGACAACAGUAGGUUACGGAGAUAUGGUCACUACCACCUUAAUGGGAAAAGUUUUCAGCGUUUGUUGCGCUAUAAUAGGCGUAACGUCGCUACUUGCGCUGCCGACGACUGUUGUAGUGAAUAACUUUAAUAAGUAUUAUCAAUCRAAGGUGAGGCGACUCAAGGAGCUAAAACAUCAGGCAUCCGAGGAACAGGAACCACUUCUACAUGACGAAUAUUGAUUCUAGGAACUUAAAACGGAUUCSCACAAUCUUUAAUGUUCAUUUUCACGAAUGAAGUAAGCGUUUAGUCUGACUUCCAUCUCAGACGGAAACGGAAAGAYGCAACGUAAGCAACGUAUACGCGCGUAUCUGUUAACGGAAACGGUAGCGCGAUGAAUGGUUAUGCGACUGGGGAAAGAUUCGCUAGUCAUUAUAUUUUCGAAUAUACACUUAUUGCAUAAUGAGCUAACAUCAUAAUGUUUUCAAUAUAUAUAAUUCCAUAUCUUGAAUACUAAGGUGACUUUUAUAGUAAAAAAUAACCUUUAAUAUUUGAUUCUGAAAGAUAGUGUUGAAACUGUGAACUAACAUAGUUUAGAUUCUUCUUGAAGUCAAAACAAAACGAGACUUUGGUCUCUAAGGGUGGGGACAAGCGCGGGAGGAGUGGAGGACUGGUGUCCGGUCAUGAACUGCAGAGCUCUACCCAUGAUAUAUGCUGUUAUCACAUAGCUAUUUGACGCUUUAAUGCAAUACCCGACGAUUAGUCGGCCAUUGUCUGUGCUCUUAGGAAUCAUAUGCGGGCGUAUGAGGAAUAAUACGGCUUAAUGAUCAAUAGCAGUGUAUUAAAGAUGUUUUUGAAAAAAAUAGAAGAAUAAAAUUAAUCUUUUUUGGUAGGAAAACCCAUUGAUCUAUUUUUUUAUCAUUACCCCUUGUUGGAAAUGUCCUUGCCCAUCCCUCAUGCGUGAGAUU